AUGUCAUCUAAACCAAUCAACUCUAGUAUUCUCUACGUUGGACUGAUUCCAUUUGAAUGGGACGAGGAGGUCGUAAAGUCAGUUGUUUGCGGAUCAGGAAAUGUCGUAGAUGUGAGAUUGGGAUUCGACUUUGAAGGUAAAAAUAAAGGAUUCUGCUUUGUCGAGUACCAAAGCACGCGGGACGCCCAAAGAGCCGCACCGUUGUUGAGCUCUAUAUUGAUACAUCAGCCUCUUGGACUCCCCAAGAGACUUAAAAUUGAAGGAUCAAAGGAGGCGUUUAAAGGUAGUAGUGCUUCUCCUGAACCAAGGAGAGUUCUUGCGCUAAAUAGAAGCAAGUUGCCUAAAAAUGUCCAGUUACCACCAGAGAUGAUGCAAAAUGACCGCCAAUUCACAGGAAGGACCAACUCGCCCCUACCACCAACCCCAACGCAAAAAAACACCCCCAUGAUGGCACCGACUGCACAAAGUUUCAACCCAAAUGUGCCCCUGCAUGGGCCUGCUGGGAGUGUGCCCAUGAAGUUCACGCAGGCGACAAAGUCAUAUCCGUACAUUCCUAAUCUUCCAUUUGCCACUCCUGAUAAUAUAAGCACCACAUUGGGCAAGAUCCAUCCCACACAGUUGAUUGAAAGUCUUGCCAAUAUGAAAAAUGCGUUACAAGCUGACCCAUCUAGAGUACAAGAUUUCUACCAAAUGAAUCCAGAGUUUGCCGUGUGUGCUGCUCAAGCGUUGUUGUUGAUGGGGUUUGUCGAUAACGAAGUGCUUACAUCGAAAUCAGUGUCGUCCACGCCACAACCAAGUUCACAGCCAUUGUACCAACAACAGUCACAGUUUCAACAGGCAAACAACGGACUUUCGCCGUACAUGUCACAGCCGCAGAUGGCAACAAGCUCUGUGUGGUCAAGAUUACCAGUACAGACACAGAAUGCAUUGCGAAAUAUGGACGCUGCGCUGAUAGAGAAGGCUUUCGAGUUUAUCAAUAUGACGGAAGAGUCUUUUCGGGUAUUGUCAUACCACGAGAAGAUUAAAAUCAACCAGAUUAGACAGCAGCUUGGUGCUAAUACGUAUCCUGUGUAG